UUUGCGCUGUGGUUCCGAGACGAGCAUUCUCAGAAGGCUCAGGUUGAACACAUUAGCGAAAUACAGAAAAACACAUGUUGGUAUCGGAAACUCUGAAGGUGACCUAACAGGUCAUCUGCUCACCGAGAGCGAGUGGAAUUGUGCCCUUUGGAUUUAUUCAGCUCAUCGGACAGAGCACUGUUAGAUAUGAGUGGGAAUGUAGAGAGUCAUUUCUUGGAACUAAAAGGAUGCUUUCUGGUCCAGCAUUAGUCCUCCUCCUGCUGGCCUCAUGCAGUGGGCAGGAGGGACUGCGUGUUAGCUGUGGCUCGCAGAACCUCGCUGAGCUGCCCCUGCUCCCGCCGGAGACCACCGACCUCUACCUGCAGGACAACCGGCUGACCAGCGUCCCCCCGGGGAGCUUCGACACCCUGCAGGGCCUGAGGACGCUCAACCUGACGGGCAACCCCUUCCACUGCGGCUGCUCCAUCCGGUACCUGUCCGCCUGGCUGCGGGACCACGCUGAGGUGACCGUGAAGGUGCCCACCUGCGCCUCUCCUGCCAGCCUGGCGGGCAGGCCCAUCGCCAGCCUGGGCCAGGCCCACUUCUCCGCCUGCGGCAGGAAGAGCGGCGUGUUCGACGGGGUCAUCCUGCUAUCGCUAGCCUUCCUCGUCCUGCUGCUGCUGUGGUGCCUCAAGACUGCCAAGAGCUCCACCUUCAUUUUGGAGGUUUUCGGCAGACACGCGGGGUUCGAGGCCCACACCCUGAGGUCUCGUAAACCCAGACACAGGAGGAAGAGGCACGCGGCGCAGUCGGACGAGACCGAGGUGAUGCUGGAGCGUAUGGACGAUGACAACCUGGACGCGCCUUUGCUUAACAUGGAGAUUCUGCCGCAGAUACUGGACGUUCUACAGAAGAAGCACAACAUCAAGUUUAAGGCACCGUGAGGAGGAGGAGGGGGAGGGGGAUACCACGUAGAGUACUACGCACCUCUUAAGAGAGUGUUCCUCGCCAGGAAUAAGACAUUCUCCAUCCAUCCAUCCAUUAUCUUAACCCGCUUAUCCUGAACAGGAUUGCAGGGGGGCUGGAGCCUAUCCCAGCAUACAUUGGACGGAAGGCAGGAAUACACCCUGGACAGGUCACCAGUCCGUCGCAGUGUGUUAUAACUGGCAGUUCACCACUACAUAGGACAAAUACAAAAACCGCAAAAUGUCACCUAACGAUUAGAAUGAUUCUUAACCAGACAAUGUGAAUCGCAACUGUGCUCGGUUCUUUCCAAGGGUGACACAGCCCUGCUGUAAAAUCCAGCUACACCAGUUUCAUCAGCUUGAAAUUUCAGCAGAUCAAGCUGGUCAUAAGCUAGUUGAGCUGGGUAUGACCUGGUCAACCAGCUAGUGCGGGUAGCUUGUAGCUGUUUCAAAACAUAGCUUAAGCUUGUCAAACCAUGUCAAGCUGGUCUGAACUGGUCUUUCAUUUGAAUAUGUGAAGAAGAAGAUCCGGAAGAUAGCAGACUCAUGGCAGAAGCACAAAAUGCACACAAUGAAGGGUCUCCUGUCCACAGUAGAGAGGUGUCUGUUCCAAGCAUAGUUUCAUUAAGUGCCAAUAGGCACAUUUCCACAGCCAUUUGAAUGUUGGGCAAGCAAUUACAUGUCAGUGCUUGUCUUUCCACAACCACUUUCAGACUUUGCUCGUGUCUUCUGAGCGUGUCAAACCUGCGUGUUUGGUGCUUUUAAUCCCCCGGGUCCUCAUUAGGCCAGGCAGAGUAAAGGACUGUGGUCAUGGUCAGUUAUGCAGAAGAGUCUGCUCUGAGCAAACAUAAAUGAUUCAUGAUCAGAAAGGAAAAUAAAUACUUUUUCACUCUUAUCCUCUAAAGCUAGAACAAGAAAAUAAGAAGCCAUAAACCAAUGCAAUAUUGUAUUUAAAAAAAUAUGGAAACAGGUAUUCAUGACCCACGUUUAGCGCUUCCAGCAGUAAUGUACAACAUCAAACUUAACAUUGAUCAUUUGUAGGAUGUUUUAUUUGAUGUGUUUAUUUUUACAGCCAGUCGACAUUUAGUUACUGCAUCUCAGUGGGCGUUCUCCUUUGGGGAGCUUCGACUGGCCGCCUGGGGGUCUGCAGUCUCCUGGUUUUUACUGUGCUUUAGCACUGAAGUGCUUAAAUCAAGUCACUGAGUCCAAACACCUUGUUUCCAGCACAUAAACCUUCUGCUGAUUGUCAUGAAUGCUGGCUGACACUGCAUCCCUCCAGGACUGAAAUUUGAGACCACCACUGUAUACUAUUGUGAAACCUCAAAAUCUUUCACAUUUAUUGCACAGUAAUAAAUCACUUUUAACCAUUUU